AUGCUCUCUCUGGGUCGAGACCCGAUCGGCCCCGUUCCAGCAACUGAUCGCUUCGAGGUGGCAAAGGGCGCAUAUGUCAUCGUGGACGCGGAGAAUGCCCAGCUUACUACACAGUUGCAGCUGCCGAGUCACUCACUCGCUCGGGGAUUAGCACCCGGGAGUGUUUUUCCUCUGGAUGGAACGCCCGUCGUUAGUGUUGAGGAGUACAUCGCUACAACUUGGGCACGGUAUACAACUGCCAGUAUUGGAAUGACGGGAUACGGUUAUUCAGCUUCUAACCCGAGCAGCUACGAUCGGUUCCAGCUUGACGCAAAGGGGAUUGAAAAGAGGGUGCGGAAGUACUUGGAGGACCUGAACGGUGGCAAUGCGAGAAUGGCUGGAUGGAGGCAGCUUUGA